CGGCGGGAGCCUGCCAGGAGGCUGACGCAACUUGAGCCAAGGUUGUGGUUUCCAAGCCAUGGGCAGCCUCUUUGAUGUCGCAGACGCUGUGUUUCAGAGCAAAAACGCCACCGGUGGCCAUGCAACUCGUUCGACGACGGCGCCGCGUGCCGAGCACGACGCAGACAUCCCGACGUUGUUACUGCUGGACGAAACCCUCCGGCAAAUUCAAGACUCACGCACCAAGAGCGCGCUGUGUUUUACGCCCCCGAAUGUAGCCAACAACGUCACGAGUGAGCCGUGGAAGUACAAGGCGGACGCGAACACCGAGCCCGAGUCGAGUGCUUUGGGACGAGGGAAGCAGUCGAUAAUACGGCACAGCCACCACCCCCUUCGACGAGUGUUCUCGAACAUCUUGACGCCAUCCGACCAACCCGAGCAAUGCGAUAGCCGAGUCCCGUCCCCGUUGGACAACACGCCCAAGGAUACAUUCGUAGUGCCCACCAGCAACCAAGCGAUGGCUGACACCCCCGCGUCGCCAGCACUCGCAACACCAUCCUUUGUACCUGUCGACGCUGCUGAUGCAACUGCUCGAGCUGUGCUCAAAGCAAUCGCCGAAGACAUGGACGCGUUCGAGCAGCACCGUUUUGGCGAUCCUUCCAUCGCGACUCGAGCCGACCUCGCCAACUACAUCGACAACAAAUACGCUCGUGGUGUGUUGGUACGUCCCAAGCGCGUGAAUCCUACCGUCAGCGCUGGCAUGACCAGGCCACUGCCGCAAGCACGCCGUUUGUCGAGUUGGCGCGAAAAAAGGUGGCACGUCGAGUCGAGGCGCUUCGACACCAACAACCCGUCGCGUCCCCGCCAGUCGUCGACGAGCCGAAUCCGUCCCGUUCGACGCAAUCGCUCGAAGAGUUUGGAAACGACAUUCGCGCCGCGCUCCGUUUCGUUCGUGCAAACGGGCCCCCAGAACUGGGAACGACCCCACAACACCCUCCACCAUCACGACGACCCGCCGUGGCCACGCAUGUACCAUCGCAGCCAAAUGCGACGCCACACCCACAGGCCGCGAUUGUCGCCAAGCUGAUGAAACUUCCAAAGAGCCACAUGGAGAAACUGCCCAAGGCGCAGCGCGAGCUUGUCGAGUUUUCCAAGAGGUACCAGCAAGCGCUCGAGCUACCGCCCGACAAACUGGCAGCACUACCGACCCAUCAGCAGCAAUUCAUCCACGACCUGCGGAGCAAGGUACCGCAGCCGUCCACGUAAUGGACUGCCGCCAUGGCGCGACUCAUCAUGCUGUUCACGCCUGCAAGUGGCGUCGGCUAUAUUCGUUGCAGUCGUGUAUCCGUCGUGAAUGCCACACGUUCAUACAUUCCUGGGUGUCUCGCGCGGCAUUGAGUACAGCUCAACCAGG